AUGCUGGCGAUCAACCUCCUCAAGACUGGGGGGUUUCUCCUCAGUGCGGUCUCUGUUUUGGCUGUCCCAGUUGUGGUUGAGUCACUGCAUGAGACACCUGCCGGCUGGGAAGAAUCAGACUCUCCCUCUCCUGACCAAUUCAUUGACCUCUCCAUUGGUCUCGAGCCCGAGGAUCAUAAGUUACUCGAGCGUGCCCUCUACGAAACCUCGGACCCCGAUCAUCCUAAGUAUGGCAAGCACCUUUCUCGCGAAGCUGCCAAAGCUCUUCUCAGCCCUUCCCACAAGGCCCGAAACUCUGUCAAGCGCUGGCUGUCGGAUGCUGGAGUUCCUGACCACCAUGUUCGUGAUGAAGGCGAAUGGCUUCACAUUCGAACAACUGUCGAAAACGCCGAAGGAAUGCUCAGCACUCGCUUCUCCGUUUUUGCUCGCGCUGACGAAAGUAUUGUGCGAACUAGAGAAUACUCUGUUCCUCACGAAAUCCGACGCCAUAUUACGUCCAUUCAGCCAACCACCUUCUUUUCAAGCUUUCAUGAAGCUCGAAGUGAUGCAGAUAGUCCGUUCAAUUUGGUGAAGCGGGAUACCAAGGACAAAAAGAAGCCCAAACCAACCAACGACGGGAAUCAUGGGGGACCAGGACCUGUCGACCUGCAGAAGUGCAAGACAGAGGUGACGCCUGCUUGUAUCAAGGAACUUUACAAGAUUCCGAAGAAGUACCCAAAGGCAGCGAAAGGCGCAUUGUAUUCGAUAGUCAAUUUCAAGAAUAUGACUGCUCAAAAAGAUGAGCUUCAAGAGUUCUUCCGACGAUUCGCUCCAGACCUUGAAGGUGUCAUAUUCUCCGACGCUUCAGCUGCUGGUGGAAUAAACCCCCAAAACACACCUGGCUUCCGAGAGGAGGAGGGAAAUCAGUGUACCCAGUACGCAGUUUCUCUAUCCCAUCAAGUGCCAGUACAGCACAUCGCUGUGGGAGGUUCCAAUCUUGACUUCAUUCCAGACCUCUAUAUGCAAAAGUUACCUGGCCGGUCUGUUGAGAACUGGCUUGGGCUUACAGAAUAUCUCCUGGGCUUGCCUGCCAAGAAGCUCCCGCAAGUCGUCUCCAUCUCUUGGGGCUCAUACGAACAGCACAUGCCCAAACAAUACGCCCGUCAGAUUUGCAACAAAUUCGGUCAGAUCGGUGCGCGUGGUGUGUCUGUCAUGAUACCGGCCGGCAACCAGGGCGUUGGUAUUUCUUGCCAGUCGAAUGAUGGCAAAAACACGACCAAAUUCCUCCCAACGUUUCCAAGUGCCUGUCCAUAUGUCACGACCGUUGGUGGCACAAUGGGGAACAACCCUGAAAGAGUCUAUGUCGACCCCAACGAGGAGUGGUUCAGUUGGGGCGGCGGUGGCUUCUCAGAACUUUUUGAACGACCUUCGUACCAGGACAAGGCUGUCAAGGACUACCUGAAAAAGCAGGAGAACAAAUUCAAGAAAUACUACAACCAGAAAGGAAGAGCCUAUCCCGAUGUUUCAGCUCUUGCAUUCGGCCACCAAGCCAUCAUCUAUGGCGAACAGGUCGAAGGUGGAGGAACAAGUAUCGCAGCACCUACGUUCGGUGCCAUUGUUGCCCUACUUAACAGCGAGAGAAUGAAGAAGGGCAAACCUGCGAUGGGAUUCCUCAACCCAUGGCUAUACAAGACUGGCCACAAAGGGUUCACUGAUAUCGUAGAUGGAAAGACAAAAGGUUGCCCGGGUAUGAGCUUGGAGGGAUUCCCGUCACCUGUGAUCCUCAACGCUGGGUUUGAGGCUGUCAAGGGCUGGGAUCCCGUUACUGGGUUUGGAACACCGCGAUACGAUAAGUUGCAGAAACUAGCUGUUUAG